AUGAGACGGCGCUCAGCCGCCCUGGUUGUCGUGGCAGCGGUGCACCUGCUGGCGGCAGUGGCGGCGGUGGCGGUGGCAGACCCUCCCACCCCGCCCGCCAGCCCCGCCCAGGCCUCUCUGGCAGCGCCAGACAGCAGCAGCAGCUCUGGCGCCUUCAGCCCGCUGCAGGCACCCGCGCCGGCGCCGCUGCUCUUGGUCUCUACCCCGGCCCCGGUCCCGGCCCCGGCGCAGCAGCCCGCCGCUGCGGUGCCCCGGCUGGUGCUGGAGCCGCUGGACGGGCCGCCGCCCUGGGCCUCCCAGCCUCCCCAGGAUUACGACGAGUGCGGCGGGCAGCGCAGGCAGCAGCGGGCGGCGGCAGAGGCGGUGGCGGAAGCAGACGCGGAAGGAGUGACCCUCGACCUGGUGCUCUAUGGUGACAGUAUUACCCGCCUGUUUGUGCGGGACGGCACCUUUGAGGCCCGGUUUGGCGACUGGCGGGCCCUGGCCCUGGGCAUGUGUGGGUCCAGCGUGGCGCAGCUGGCGUGGCGCAUCCUGGAAGGCGGCGAGCGGCCCGCGGCGGCGCCCCGCGCCGCCGCACUGCUCAUCGGCGCCAACAACCUGCUGCCGCUCAAAGGCCUGGAGGCGCCCGCGGGGCAGCUGGAGUGGCUGGUGCGGUGGAUGCGGGCCGCGUGGCCAGACACCCGGGUGCUUGUGCUGGGCCUGCUGCCCAUCGACUGGCCCGACGUGGACCCUCAGGCGGUCCGGGACACCAAUCUGCAGUACGCUGAGCUGGCGGCACGCCAGGGCGCCGCGUACCUCGACUGCGGCCAGGGCCUGGACCCGACCUCCGAAGACCAGUUUGUGGACGGGCUGCACCCCACGGCUCAGGCGCAGGAGGCUGUGCUGGCGUGCCUGCGAGACGCGGUGGAGCCAUACCUGGAGGGCGCCGGCGUUGCAGCAUGA